AUGAAAAACAAACUACUUUUCAUCCACCCAACGCCGAUAAUCAACAAGGUGUAUAUUCCAAGAAAACUUCUAAAGACAGUGCAUAGUUUUCCCGUUACAGUCUUCCUGUCCACUCCCACUCAGCGGCGCUUCCGGACAACUUUCUCAAGAGGUCAAUUAUGUGAGCUAGAGGGCGCUUUCCUACAGACUCAAUACCCGGAUGUAUUCCAAAGAGAGCUUCUUGCUAUGAAACUUGAUCUGACUGAAUCAAGAGUUCAGGUUUGGUUCCAAAAUAGGAGAGCAAAAUGGAGAAGACAGAUGAAAGUCAUGAUGACCUCAAAAGACAGCAAAGUUGAUACAAAUUCACCUGCGUUGCCUCAAGUGUAUGACAUCAAGCUUCUCGAAUCUGCGGAGAAAGCAAACGACCUGUACCCGUCACCAGCACCAUUUGGAAAUUUAUCCGGCAUGCAAUAUGACCGGAAGCCGAGUUUAUACUACCAUACACCUCUCAAUGAAUUCGACGAUCGUUUCGGUCUCUACUUCGAAUUCCUCACAGAGGGCAUAGACGCUUUGUUUAGGUGGAAAGACACUGAGAACGGAUUUCUGGAAAGAAAGAGUGAUGUUGAUUCUCACAAAACAGACCCGGGUUUUGAGCUCUUCUUUGAUUCAAAUGAACAAGAAAUGGAAAACGUUCCGAUUUACUUUGAAAACCCUCUACCAUCUUGGCUAAAAGGCACAUUGAUUCGAAACGGACUUGGAAAAUAUGGGGUUGGCAGCAGAAGGUUCACGCAUGCGUUCGACGCCUUUGCAAAACUUAGCAGUUGGAAAUUUCCGGGUAAUGGCACCUCAUACUUUUCCACCAAAUUCCUUCAGAGUGACUUCUAUAAAGAAUCUAUGGAAAAGCAUGAUAUUGCUCCAUACCUUUUGUUUGAAUCUGUGGAUCCGCCAUUUAAUCUGGUACAAAGAUUGAGAGCCCUAGUACGCGGCAUUGACAACAUGAAUGUAAACGUUUACAAGUUCGGUGAAGGUGAUAUUGUAGCUUUAAAUGACUUUUGGAAAGUCUAUCAAAUCGAACCCGACUCCCUACAAACUCUCUCUUCCGUAUCUGCUCCUGUACACAUUCAUAAAAGUCCAUCAGCUUUCUCUUUUCUCAAUUUUCUCUCCUCUGCACAUCCACUUCCGGAAUCAGGAACCUCGAAUCAUUUGACCUAUUUAUCAAGUGUAAAUGUCAUUCCGGGUAUGAAAAGCAAAAUUUCACUGGUUAGAAUAAAAUCGUCUCAAGAAAGGGAGAUAAUUUCUUCGUGGGAGGUAGAUCGCAUUCCUUAUAUGCAUUCCUUUGCUGCAACAGAACAUUACGUUAUAUUUUUCGCUUGUCCAUAUUACAUCAAUGUAAUGAAAAUGAUUCGAUAUGCUAUCCCAGAGAGGGCUUUAGACUGGGAACCCGAGUCUCCCACAACUUUAUAUGUCGUACAUAUUAAAUCGGGUGAGGUGUACACAUUGAAAACAGAGAAUGUGUUUAUGAUGCAUCAAAUAAAUGCUUUCGAGAAAGACAAUUCCAACAUCAUAGUAGAUAUUUCGUCAUACCCAAAUCCUGACUUCGUGAAAAAUUUAGAGAUGAGCAAUCUAUUGGACCCAGUUAAGAGGAACCAGUUUAACACGAGGGCUGCUGUAAGAAGAUAUUCAAUAAAUUUAAACACCUUAACAGUUAAAUGGAAAACAUUUGAGGAUUCACGAAAAGCACCGUGUGCCUCGGCCCUCGACCUUCCUGCCAUUAACGAAAAAUAUCGAUAUCGAUCGUAUUGUUUUGUGUAUGGCGUGGCUUUGAAAUGCAACAAUGUUUCCUUGAGUGAUAUAGCACUAGUUAAAAAAGAUCUGUGUGGGCGGGGCCAGGACAGAAUGUGGAAAGUACCCAAUCAUUACGCAGUAGAGGCGUGGUUUAUCCCGACACCUAGUGGCAAAUCCGAGGAUGAUGGGUAUCUCGUUCUUCCAGUUUUGAACGGAAUAAGAAAUUCAAGUUACUUGGCGUUCCUAAAUGCCACUAGUAUGGAGAUGGUCAAUUCAGCAGAACUCCCAACGAUUGUACCAUUUAACCUUCAUGGACGAUUCUUCCACGAUUUGAUUUAAUACUUAGUUAAAGAUUAAAUGAUAAACAAAAAUUAUGAGCUUUACAUGUAUUAUCAA